UUUGCGCCUUUGGUUCAGAGUCCCGAGACAAAACGGCCGAAGAGCCUAGGGUUUUUUUAUUUGGAUGACUUGAGCAGUUCUGCUGCAAGAGACCAGAGAAAGUGAUCCGAAAUGAGUCGGAGCCUUGGAAUUCCGGUGAAGCUUCUGCACGAGGCGGCCGGACACGUGGUGACGGUGGAGCUUAAGAGUGGUGAGCUCUACAGAGGUAGCAUGAUCGAGUGCGAAGACAAUUGGAACUGCCAACUCGAAAACAUCACGUACACAGCCAAGGAUGGCAAAGUGUCCCAACUUGAACAUGUUUUCAUCCGAGGAAGUAAAGUAAGAUUUAUGGUCAUACCUGAUAUGCUAAAGAAUGCGCCAAUGUUCAAACGUUUGGAUGCAAGAAUCAGGGGAAAAGGGUCUUCUCUUGGUGUUGGGCGUGGCCGUGCAGUCGCUAUGCGAGCAAGAGCUCAAGCUGCUGGUAGGGCUGCACCUGGUCGAGCUGCCCCUCCUCCGGUCAGGAGAUAAUCAAACUUUCCUCUUAUGUAUUUUUGACUAUCAAACUUUAAUAUGCUGAAUGUUGAAAUUGCUUAUUAAGUUGUUUUUGAUAGAUUUUCUUUUUCUGAUCUUAAUGUUCUGAAGCUGUUUUGUCCUGAAGAUUUGUCUUCAUUUUAUUGUCUUUGCUUGAAGCUCUUCUCCUAAUCUCUGCUUCCAGAGAUUGUGGUAAUGUAACAUUUCUUGGAGUUAUGAUUGUGUGAUAAUCUGAGGUUUGUUUUGCA